AUGGCGGGUGAGACCAUGCAGGCUCGCGUGGAGCGCGUCCAGGAGCAGAUCUUCGACAUCAUCAAGGAGUACACGUUGAGCCAUUGCCCCCCGAUUCUCCAGUUGCGCGACCAGGCGGUGCGAUUGUUGCGGAAGGAGGGUCUGCUGAGGCGCCAGAAAACGAAUGGGCGCUACGUGGCCGUGCACCCGCGGAACAGGUACGGCGAUGGCAAAAUUCCAUCCCACGUGCGCACGCUGGUGCGCAGUUUUUGCAGCGACGGGUUCAGCAUGGAUGAGGUGGGCGUGCCCUUUGCCAUCGAGAUGCCACCCCCAUCUCACGAGCGCCACGCCGAGGCACUCGAGUUCAACGGAGACCUUGUCAAGGACUCCCACGGCUUCUUGCCGCCAUACGACGAGGGCGAGAUCAAAAUCCUUAGCGUGAGCAAGUCGCACACGACCCAGGCGACCCGCUGCAUUCAGUUUGGCAGCCCUACAGAUUCAGAUACCGUCGAGUUCGGUACCGACGGGAAGCUUGACAUCCACAAGAUCGGGUUGAAGCGCCCCACGUUGGCAGAUGCUGCGAAGGAGGGGUUUGAAUGGGACGUGCUUGUCUGGCAGGCUGAAGACGCAUUCGGCGCCAUUAUAGACUUGCUCCAGGAGUCUGGAAAUGCUGCGCAGAAGGUUUCCAUGAAUGAGACUAGGUGGGAGACCUUGUUCAAGAUGCACGGGGACGUGCAGAAGAUCGUCACCAACUUCGAAGCCAAUAAAAAGGAGGGCGACAUCUUGAACCCCGACGUCGCGUGGGGUAGGGCAAUAACGAAAGCGCAAUCCAGAAAUCCAGAUUUCGUUUCAGAGAUCCAGAGUUUGGCGACGUUUGCGAGGAAGCUCGCUGGUGGACCAGACGCACCGAAUUUGAAGGAGCUUCUGGCUUUCAACCGUUCGUGCCAGAAGCCGCGCAUUGUGCAGGGCCCCGUCUUGGCGGCGGUGGCUGAUGCAGUGAUCGGCUCGGAUGGUUUGGGCUGCAUUCCCGUCCGCAUUGAUUGCGUAAAGGCAAUGAUGAGCGCCGACAGCAAGUAUGCAUCGGGCGACUUUCAGAACCUCUUUGCAUCGGGUGACUUCGGGCUUAAGCUCACGAGUAACAAGGAAGUGCAGAGCAUGAUCUCGCAGGCAGACAUCAUGAAAUCGAUGGCUAUAGACAUCGCAAAAACUGUCAACCUGUCAGAAGACAACGCGGCCGUGAAGACGUUGAUCAACAGGUUCGGCAUGAGGCUCGUGCACCACUGCAUGAAGAAGCCCGACCCCAGGAGCCAAAAGUUCGAGUCGCUUCACCACAUCGGCUACGAGUACGUGCAAGACCUGGCUACCAUUGCAGGCACGCAGAUCACAUCCCCGUGGGCGAAGAAAGGAGCCCCGCCCAGAGCUCCCGCGCAGCAAGCUGCGGCUUCUGCACAAGUGCAGAGCGUAGGCGGAAUCGCCGACAGGAUGUACAAAUUGGCAAGUAUGGGCGUGAGCGCCAAUUGCCACAUCGAGGUCAUCAAGAUGAAAACUGUAUACAAGGUGCAGGAAGUCAAGGAGGAUGAGAUCAAGCUGCAGAGCAUCGGCGAUGGGAGCGACUACACAGUCGAUUCGGCAUACCUCCUGAAAUCGCUACUCACCCCGCGUGCACAAGAGUUCACGGUGAUCACAAAACGCGAGCCGAAGAAGGACGCCGCGCUCUCCCCCUUCCACGCUUGCAAGCCUGCCAGGUGCGACCCGCGCUCGAACUCGGACUGGCAGCGCAUGGUGUUGGUUUGUCACGUGACGUCGGCGCUUGAUGCAUUGGGUAACCUACAGGGGGCAGCGGGCGAGAUGGUCGACAUCGUGACGGAGCCCACGGAGCACCGCGGCGUGUACGCCAAGGUUGACAUCGAUGUCUCCAGCGCGAUCUUCCCGCCCUUCUCGACCAAAGUUGCCUUCUCGGAUGCAGCUCCAGACGGUGCCAUCGACGUCGGCGCGGAGAUCACUAAUGCGGACGGCGUCGCGCAGAAGCUUUACAUCUUCAUGAAGCUGCAGAAGCAUGAUCCAGGCGGCAUCGCGGACAACACGCGCGGCAGCUACAAGAUGGCGAAGAUAGAAGGGUCCAUGCCGCACUACUGGCUCAUUGACAAAGAGGUGACCGACCCCAAGAAGUCUAACAUGGCCAUCAAGCUUCACACCGUUGACGCCUCGGUCGGCGCGGAGAAGUUUACAUUGAAAAUACCGUUCCUGGAAAACACCAAACCCAUCAAAAAGGGUGACAAGCUUCGUGCACUGAAGCCGCAGGCGGCGAAGGCGCCGCCGAUGAAGAGGGUCCGCACGCAGUAG